AUGGGUGACCCGGCUUCAAACGAAACUCUUUUAAUCCUUCAGAACGAGUUUGUGGACCUCAUCAGAUUGCAAGUAUAUCCGGUGAUCAUUGAAACGUUACUCUUCGGCUUGCAUAUGACGCUUGCCAUGUAUCUUUUAUGGCGUAGAUGGACGCAACGCAACUCUAUAUCUCUCAAAACAUAUGUACCGCUAGUUGCCUUUGCGAUGACUGCCAUGUUGUCAGCCCGCUGGGCCAUCGACGCAUACUACCUACUAGCAAGCGCUCUAAACAGCUACUCUCGAGUAGUUGUCUUGCUUGAUCCCGAUCUCACGAACCCCGAACUGCAAUACGGUCGCGGUGUUGACAUAGCCCGUAAUGCUCUGACCUGUGGCAUACUCCUGCUCGGUGACUGCGUAGUUCUCUGGAGAGCAUAUGCCCUAUUCGGGCGACCAAAGUGGUUGCUCGUCUUGUCCAUCUCUGUACAACUGGGCGUCGCUAGUGUUUAUCUCUGGUUUUCCUUUGGAACAAUAUCACUUUUCGCCCUUGUCGUCGCCGUCGUGCCAGAUUCACUUGCGACAUCGCUGAUAGCGUACAGAACGUGGUCGCAUUGGAAGGAUAUACGAGAGUUUAGCGAGCAUUCCGGAACGCGGCAGAGCGUAGCAAUCAUGCUCGUUGUCAUAGAGUCAGGCUUCCUCUAUCUGAUACUCACCGUGUGCCUUGUUAUAUGCAUCAUGCUCGAUGGCGCAGCGUCUAUCUGGGCAAGAUAUAUGCUCAAUCCGUUAUUCGCAAUGUACCCAGUCGUGGUCGUCUUACUUGUGGCCACACGUCGAGACUUCCUCGAACGGAGCGUGAACACGACAUCUCCCACGAGUUUACCCUGGGCUGUUGAGAUAUCUUUCAGAGAACGGAACGACGGAGACCUGCGCUCGUGUGGUGGACCAGCCGCUGGCCGACAUCGUUCAAGCCUCAGUUGCAGUGUGACGACACAAAACAUGAUCACGCAUGCAAAGGACGAUUUGAAAGAUCCGUCUAUACCCCCAAGUUCAGGUCGCGAUGGCAGCCUCAUCCCGUCGCCCUAG